AUGUCAGCAGGUCAGAUCAACCAGCUGUUGAACAUAUGGGCAUCUACCCUUGCAAAGUACAACAACUGGCCACCAUUUGCAGAUCAUCGUGAUCUUUAUGAGAUGAUUGAUGAUUUAUCCUUUGGAGAUGUAAGAUGGCAAUGUUUCAUGGUGGCCUAUGAUGAAUACUCAACGGAGAAUGAUCAGUAUCAGUGGAAGAAUUUCAUGUCAGGCAACUGGGCCUGGGACCAGGCAGACGAAAUUGCUAAAGAUCCAAACAUGCUCAGCUCGACAUUCAUCCCUAUCAUCCUUGGUAGUGACAAAACAACUGUUUCAGUUGGUAUGGGGAAUAAUGAAUAUUACCCGCUUUAUGCAUCAAUUGGGAAUAUUCACAACAAUCUGAUUUACCGUCACAACACAUUCAUCCAUUCUGCACUCAUGCCCGCAUGCACAGCUACAAAAGAACAUGCUGACAAGCCAACCUUUCAAAAUUUUUUUAUAUAUGGGCUAGGACCUUACAUCACAGACUAUGAGGAGCAAGUACUAUUGACAUGUAUUGUUCGUGGUCGGUGUCCUAAGUAUGUAUCUAUCAUUUUAUGUAUGGCACCUUGUGCCGAUCCUGAUCAAGACUUGUUGUGUUGUUGCUAUGAAUACAUGGAGGCACUUAUUGAAGAAGGUCCCUUGGGUGAUUUGUGGAAUGAAGCAGGGAUAGUCCCAGAACUUGUGCCAUUUACAAACGACUUCCUCCAAGCCGAUAUAUACCAAAUGAUCUCACCUGACAUCCUCCAUCAGCUUAUCAAAGACACCUUCAAGGACCACCUUGUGAAAUGGGUCAAAAAAUACCUUAGAAAUGUUCAUCUGAGGAUUGCCACUGUGACCCCAUUUUUGGGCUUGCAACAAUUCCCUCAGGGACAUAGCUUCAAGCAGUGGACAGGAAACGACUCUAAGGCCCCGAUGAAGAACUUACUAAUUCAAUAUGUCUAUUUGCCCGCAAUUGAGGGUCAUGUACAUACUAAUAUUGUUCGCACCUUCCUUGCACUCCUAGAAUUUUGCUACCUCAUUUGCCACAAUAUCAUCACAGAUGAUGUUCUAGUUGAGAUUGAAGAUGCACUCUCAUGCUUUCAUCAUUACCGCAAAAUCUUCAAAACAUCAGGUGCUAUUCCUACCUUCUCAUUGCCUUGUCAACAUUUGCUCAAGCAUUACAUACAAAAUAUAUGA